GUGAGUCUGUGUUUGCGUCUGUCUUUGAGUGUGUUCUUCAGAAGUUUCUUGUGGUGACCAGCUUCACUGUAUAACAUAGAUGUUAGUUGUGUAUCUGGAUCUGCCUCUACCAUUCUCAGUACCAAUUUGUUUUUGUUCAGGCUGCCUACCUCCAGAAGACGGAGGUAAACACUGCAAGUGGCCAAGUGGUUUGAUCUGAGGGUGUGGGAGGCAGUGUGGCAGAGCAUCGAUCCCCAAACUUUCUUGGCUCCUGGCGUCAGGUGGUUGAACUUCUCUUAUGGAACAGAGGCAAACUGAACAAACAAGGACUUCCUGAUAAAAUUGCUGUUGAUGCCCAAUUUCCUGGCUGGUCCCAAUUCUCCUGAUGGGAAGCCCACAUCAUCAAUGCUCCAUCCACCUAAACUGUGAGUCCAUGGAUGUAUUGGACCAGUCAUACCGCCAGGCCACAGAGGGGCAUCCAUCUACCAGAUGCCCCAACUGAGCACAGGGAGGAGCAGAUGGAUUAUGGGGAAGGAACUUUGGACAAUAGUGCAAGAGACAUGACACUAAUACAGGAUGAAGGGAUGAGCCUGGAAGAGAGACUCGGAGCAGAGGAGCGAGCCAGGAGAAAAGCAGAAAAACGGCGUGCCAAAAAAAAGCGACAAAGGGAAAGAAAAAAGCUGGAAAAGGUAAAAGAGAGUAAAGACAAUGAGCAGGAAGAAGAGGAAGACGAGGAGGCGGAGGAGAGUGAGAGUGAGGAGGAGGCUGAGGAGGUGAGAGAGCCGGUCUCGCACAGCAUGGGGAGAGCCACACAGCCACUGGCUGCCACAGGGAACAAGAACAACCACCAAUCCAACCCCAACUCCACUGAGGAGGAGCCGGAGUGGGAUGUAAACAGUGCCUUCGUAGCCAACGCUGCCAGUCACAUCAAACCAAAAAGUCGAACCAAAGCGAGUCACAAGUCCAAAGAAAACAAAGAGAAUGAGGCCAAAACUGGAGAGGUGAAUGGUACAGACACAGGCACAAAGAGGAGCACACCAUUGGCAGAAAAAGGGAUCAAGUUGGUGGAGCAAGGGCAGUAUUCUCAGGCAGUCGCUAUGUUUACAGAAGCAAUCAAAUAUGAUCCAAUGGAUUACAGGUUUUUCGUAAAUCGCUCGUACUGUUAUGAAUGUGUGGAGCAGUACAACUCUGCACUCGCUGAUGCUGAAAUAUCAAUCCAGCUCGCUGCUGAUUGGCCAAAGGGCUAUUUCCGGAAAGGCAGAGCUUUAAUGGGAAUGAAGAGGUACAGCGAAGCAGUGAAAGCCUUGAGCGUGGUGCUGAAGCUGGAUCAGAACUGUGAGGAUGCUGUGAAUGAGAUCUUCAACUGCAGAGUCCUUCAUCUCAUGGAGCUGGGGUUUAAUCCCCAGCAGAGCAUUCUCCUGUUAGACAGGUUCACCACAGUGCAGGGUGUCUUGGCUUCUCCUGAAGCUGCCAAAGUGGCGGCUGACCUGGAUUCUUUGCUGGACCAAUCUGGAAACCCUUGUGCCUCUCUCUGGGUGGGGAACGUGACGUUUGAUGUAAAGGAGAAACAGCUGUGGGACUUGUUCAAAAGUUAUGGAGAGAUUGACAGUAUUCGUGUUCUCCACGAGAGAUUCUGUGCCUUUGUGAAUUUCAUAAGCGCAACAGCAGCGGCCACAGCGAUGGAGAAGCUGCAGGGCAAGGAGAUUGAGAGCACCCGGCUGGUGAUCCGUUACCCAGACAGACGACCCCAGCGAGACCCGGCUUCACCACAGAGGCCAGCAGUCUUACCGGUACCAGCGCCUGCCCAGUCUGCCAAACCCCAGCCUGCCAAACCCCAGCCAGCAGCCACUUCCACCACCGGGCCCAGGCGCAGAGGCCCCAUUCACGGAGAUGAGUGUUACUUCUGGAGGACGACCGGCUGCCAUUUUGGUGACAAGUGCCGCUUCAAACACAUUCCUGAUCACCGCGGGAGGGACAAGAAGCCUUGGCAGAACUGAGAAUCUGUGCUGUGCACGCUGCCACAGGGAGGGUGGGAGCAGGGUAAAAGAGUGAUAGUUGAAGUGUGUCUGUUUGGUGGACACUGAUCUUUGGAGUAGUGUUUAGGGGAGGGUUACCCUAAAUCACAAUUCUCAGUUCACCUAGCAGCACACACCAUAAUAAUAAUGUGCCUAAAUGAUUUUAGAAAGACUUCCAGUUAUCAAGAUCUCAGUUGCACAGUACAGUAUUUAAAUUGCAAAGUGAGAUCUUGAAAGACUCACUCUAAAAGUGUUUUAAUCCCAAACAGAUCUUUUGAGGAUCUCCUGUUUUAGAGGUAUACAAGAGAAGCCCAUACACAUACACUUGAGUUGGGUUAGGUUUUGUGGUUGGGAGAUCAUGGGCUAUAAAGGUAAUGAAACACACCUAGACUACCGGAGCAAUAGUAUUGCACUUUCAUUUAAAAAAAAAAAAAUCUUAACUUUGUGUGGAUUCCACAGAACAAGUGCCUUCGUUUAUCUAUCUGUCUGUGUGUGACUAAGUGUGUGUGUGUUUUGGCGUACUAUUUACUUUAUAAAGAUAAACUUACUUUCUUUAAACCUUGCACUUCUCCUUCUCAGGAGCGGGAGACCCAUGCGAUCAACGCUAGAGACGGUGUUCGCAGCCCCGUCACUUCCACUUUGUAAACAGAAAGCUUAAUGCUGCUGUUUCAAUAGCAUUAUUCCACAAUACCCCACCCCUUUCCCCUAAAAUAAGUGUUCCAUAAGAGAUGUGAAACGUAUGUAGCCAAAAGCUUUUAAAAAUGAUUUUUUUGUUCUUGCACUCCUGUGCCGCUGUUUGGUGUUGGUUCUAGAAGCGGAAUGCAGAACCCUGUUUGCGAGGACAGAGCUGCUAAUUACCAGCAGCUCAAAUCAGAAUCUGUGAAAGCUCUUUCAGGGGUUUUGUGUAACACUAUUGUCUGUAGACUGGGCUUGGGUGUGGAUUUCUAGAUCCCAGCUGUGGAGCCCCAUCCCUUCCACACUAUCUAUAAUCUUGGCACUGCAGUAAUUCAUAGAAAAUAGCAGAAGUUACAAAAAUGAAUUGGUGUAUAUUUCAGUAUGGCACUUUUUGUAGCCAUUCUUUCCCCAAUAUAAUCUAUGCAAGAGCACUUUUAAAUGGGAAAUAGUGGGUUCAGUUAAGUUUCCCUUUGUAGACUUUUAUUGUGAUGCUGUGGAAAAUGUUCUUAUUUAAGUUAUUGUAACUCAGUGGUGCACAACUCGGUUCUGGAGGGCCGGUGUCCCUGCACGUUUUUAUUCCAACUGCACCC